AUGCCAAGUAGAGGAUUGCCUGAUCAUGAACAAAAACUAAUAGAUGAUGAUGUCAAAUAUUAUUAUAAUCGAUUGCCAGUGGAGCUUCAUAAUAAAUACAAAAAUGGAAUCUAUCCAGAUUUAUCUAAAUGUAAAGCAUAUAAAGUAUUUAGUUAUAAGUCUUUAACUAAGUUCUCUUUAUAUUUAGAAGAUAAAGACGUUCGUGAUCUUCAGGGGAAGCUUGAUAAUUUGGCCGAUCAAAUCUUCAAAGAAAGAACUUCUCAACAUUUUUAUCCUGGUAUUGUGAAUGAUCUUAAAAAUUUAAUAGACAAGACUCUCCGUAAUUUUUCAAAAACUCUUGGCGCUUUUGAUUCUGAUUUCAAAUGGAAUGUUCAUCUAUAUGUGUUGUUGAAGUUUAAACCAAAAAUGAAGAAAUUUCAAGACAAUUGGGAGAAAAAAAAUAGCCUCCUUGGUAUACUUGAUCAAAAGAAGGAAGAAUACUUAAAGAUAAUUGAUACUCGGCUUCAAUAUGGACAUUCGCUUGUUUCUGAGGGUCAUAUUGUUGGGGAUUAUUUAUUGAGAGUUAUUCAUAAAAAAGCAAUGAAGGCGGGAAACUCUGAACGUGUAAGAGCGAUCAGUGACGUAGCUUGGAUGACUAAUUCAGAAACCGUUAGACUCAAAUAUUUUGAGGAACUUGCCGAUCAAGUUCAAAAGGGUAAUAAAGAAACAGCUAUACGUCACUUUUCAAUUUCCGAACUUUCUAUAGAAAAUUGGUUUAUACGUACCGUUAAUAGUAAUAAAAAUGGAAAUCCAGAACAAAAAUACAGAGAGACUUUUAAUGCAGAAUUCGAGCGAGUUCUUCAGGAUAUUCGUAACUGUAAAAAUUUUGAGGAAAUUAAAGUAUACGUAAAUAAUUAUAUGACACAAGUUGAUAAAGUGGACUAUAAGUUGGAUAUUAAGCAUACCUUAUUAAAAGACGGAAGCAUACAAAUCUUCCAACGUACAAUCGAGAAAGAACUUGAAAAUAAAGAAAAUGGUCAUUAUUCAAAUCCCGAAUCUUUUGAAGAUCCAUCUGAUAAUAAAUCAAUUAUGAAACGACUCGGAUGUACAGAGGCAUGUCAUUGGUGCGGGGCUUUGUGCUGGGGAUCUCGAGAUCAUCAUGAAAAUAGCGACACAACGAAAGUUCAUCAUACUAGUCAUCAACCCCAUGGUCUUUCUGGAAUAACACAUAGAGAUACACGUGAACUUAGGGCAAUGCCAUGUCAUAAAAUGACAGAUGCUUGGACUGUGUGGUAUAUUGGUGGUAAGGAGAAUGGUACAAUAUGGAGUGAAGCAAUAUCUCGAGAUUUUUCGGAUUGGAAAUUCGAAGCUCAUUGCAAUCAAAUUUUUAAUGAACUUAUGUGCUGGUUUUUUGAAAAGUUGCAUCAUGAUUUGGCAGCUAAAUGGAAUUGUAAACCAUCACCUUGUAAUGAAAUGAGAGAUCACGGUUGUUUAAAUUUGAAUUAUGAUAGUGAAGAAAUACCUUUAAUUGAACCUUACAAUUAUGUUAAACUCAAUGAAAUUUUUCCACCUCCAAAAUUACCGGUUACUGGAAAAAAUGGGACUGUAAUCGAAGUUCUUCCAUACAUCCGGCAGAAAGUUAAGAUGUGGGGAGCUGAUGUUCUUAGAGCAGAAAAUAUUAAAACUUUGAUCGAGGAAGCUGAUGAUGUUUCUGAUAAGGAAUUUUCUGAUGUUGAAUCAAUGGAUGAAGACCAAGAUUUUCUGCAAAAAAAUAAAUUGUCUCGAUUUGAUUGCAUUGCUAGUUUGCUUGCGUCUUCCGAGUGUACUGUAGCUCAGGAUAUCUUCCAAACCUUAUCACAAUUUCCAAUUGCAUUUCCAUUAAUAAUGCCUGGAUUAGUUGAUGCGAAUAAUUUCAAAGUGUUGCUUCCUUUGCUUAUCGGCCCAGUGAUCAAAUGGGAAACGAAACCAGGAACAAUAAUUGAAAAUCACCUUUUCAGUGAUCCAUUCAAAAUGAUUGUCGCCGUCCGAAUUGGAGCCAGCUCUCCGGGUAAAAGCUCGAUUAUAAAUCAGUUGAUGACUUCAGAUUCUAUGUUCUCCUCAAGCAGUGAACCAAGAGCAGAAUAUGGGAUUCCACAUAUGGUCAGUGGAAGCGUCGAGUUUACUUGGUUAACUCAAGAAACUUGUGGCGUUAGUUUAUGGAAUGAAGUUUUUAAAAAUUACUACAAGGAAGGGACAAAAGAAAUUGUGUUAUUUGCAAAUUUACAUGGCGAUGCCUUGGAUUAUCCAAACCAAAUUCGAUUUUUAAAGCAAUUUCCAUCUAGUUUCUUGGUUUUCUUAAUGCCUGGUUAUACUGAUGAUCAAGUUGAUACUUUUAAGAACAUAGUGGAUACCAAUAAAAUUGUAUAUUGCUGGGUGAAUCACAAGAAGAAGAAAAAGUAUUCAAUCGAUACCACACUUUUAACAAAAGAUCAAACGUUAAAAAAGGUACGACAUUUGUUUAAAGAAGCCUUAGAUUUUACUUUACCUUUCAAAUAUAAUAAAUUAACGCUAAGAGAUUCACUUCAUUUGGGAGAAACGCUUCAAUUUACUGAAAGUAUUGAACUUUCAGAGUCUCAGCUUUUGAUAGAUUUUGUUAAACAAAAAACUUGUCGUCACAUUAAGCUACAAAUUAUACAACAAAGAAAACAAUCCGAUAACGGUCACCAAAUUUGGCAAGAAAAUGAUGAAAUGCAUAGUUUAAUAUUUUUGUUCAUUGACAUUCUAAAUCUACCUCUCGGUAAAAGAAUACGAGCUCUGGCACACCUUGAAAGAGAAGUAUCCAUGCUCUCUAUGGUAGAAUCCUCAGAAGCUCGGAAUAAGGCUUUAUUGAAAAGAGAAGAAUUACGUAAAACCAGCUUAGACAAUAGGAAUCAAAAAAGUGAGGAAAGUAUUAGAAGAGAAAUUGCAAAAAUUUGGGCAGAAGUUUGUAAUAUAAGUUUAGGUAUGGAGCAUUUGUUCCGCGAAUUGGGUAGAAUAUAUUUUUCCGUCCAUUAUCAAUCGCACGAUACUGUUUUGAAACUACCACAACUUUAUGCUGAACUUCUGAUUAGCGGUCACACUAUAGAGUUGCUUGAUGGUGACGCUGGUGCUAUAUCUGAAGCCUGGUUCUCGGCAAUUUGUAACUGCAUUUGUAAAAAGUUUCCAAAGCUUCGAAUUUUUGUGAUCAGCAUACUAGGUCUACAAUCAUCGGGAAAGUCAACUCUUUUGAACGCUCUUUUUGCAUGUAGAUUUGCAGUUUCUGUUGGACGUUGCACGAGAGGUCUAUUCAUGUGUCUAUUAUUCUUGGAAAAAAAUUUAUCAGAUCAACUCGGUGUUGACGCAUUUGUCUUGAUUGAUACUGAAGGUCUUGGUGCACCAGAAAAGAUGGAUGAUCCGGAAUCAGAAAAGAAAGAUCGUAUCUUAGCAACCUUUGCAAUGGGUGUAAGCAAUUUAACCAUUCUCAAUGUACUUGGAGAAUCAACUCGAGACUUGACUGAGAUCUUACAGAUAGCUAUUGUGACAAUGGCUCGUCUUAAAAAAGCAGAGAUGACACCCGAUAUUCUUAUGGUACAACAUGUAUCUGAACGAAGUAAAGCAAAACUUUCUGAGCCAGAAGAACAGUUUCGAAUAGCUCUGCAGGACGCUUUGAAACUAACCAACGAAAAAGACAUUGAGAUGGGAAUUUUCAACACAAAAUGUCUUCAUAUUCUUGAUGAAAGAAUAAAAAAAGGUCAGCUCCUUAAACAAUUUCGACCAUUUAAAAAUGGUGCAACUACUUAUGCCCCACCUUCAGAGCAAUAUCACGAGGAUGUUGUUAAUUUGUAUGAAUCCAUACUUGCCGAUUGUAAGAAUUCACGAAGAAAAAUUGAAUUCUCUAAAUGGAAUUCAUUAAUUCAAGGUUAUUGGCGAGCAGUCUCUCUUGAAAAUUUUUCUGUUCACUUCAAAAAUAUCAGAGAAAUUUAUGAGUUUAUAGAACUUGGCAAACGAAUUACAAAGGUGAAAGAAACCAUUAGCAGAGCAUUCCUUAAGCACGAGGAAAAGAUUAUGCAAGAAGUACGAUCCAAGUUUCAGUGUUGGUCUCCCGAAAAUUCAUGUCUCCAAAAUGAAUGUUCGGAGUUGAUUGAAUCUCGUCUAGAUGGUGUACUAAAUUGUGAUAAUAACUCAAAUUGUGUAGAGUGUAAAAAAACGAAAAAAGAAAGGGUUGAAUUGGAAGAAUACCUUAAAGAUACGGAUAAUGAAAAAACUGAAACGGAAACUAAACAAACCAUUACAAAUUAUAUCCAAAUUAAUCGUCAAUCUGUAUCCGAGAAACUUACGCGAAUGCUUUCAGCAAUCAUUAUCCGAAAGGGCCUUUCAUCUGAAUCUCUUGAAAUAAUCAACAGGCAUUUAGAAAACAUCAUAAGAGAUAUGCCAAGUAGAGGAUUGCCUGAUCAUGAACGUAAACGAAAAAUUGAAGAAAUAUGGAAUGUACUGCGGUCUAACAUAUCGUCAAAAGACAAGCCUAAAUCGGUAGAUAAGGCAAUUGAUGAUGAGGUAGAAUCUUGUUAUAAUCAAUUGCCAUUGGAGCUUAAAAAUAAAUACAAAGAUAGAAUUUUUCCAGAUUUAUUUAAGCUUAAAGCAUAUAAAGUGAUAGUUUACAAGUCUAUAACUAAUUUCUCUCAAUAUAUGGAAGAGGGAGUUGUCCAUGACCUUCAGGCAAAGCUUGAUAAUUUAGCUGAUAAAAUCUUCAAAGAAAAUUCUCAACAUUAUUAUCCUGGUAUUGUGUAUGCUCUCAAAAGCUCAAUAGAUAAGACGCUCAGUACUUUUUCAAAAUAUUAUAUCUCUCUUUAUUCUGAUUUCAAAUGGAAUUGCCAUCUAUAUGCUUUGUUAAAGUUUAAGCACAAAAUGAUGAGAUUUCAAGAAAACUGGGAGAAGGAAAAUAGUUCCCUUGGUAUACUUGACCAAAAGAAGGAAAAGUACUUAAAGAUCAUUGAUACUCGGCUUCAAUAUGGGCAUUCGCUUGUUUCUGAGGGUCAUAUUGUUGGUGACUAUUUAUUGAGAGUUAUUCAUAAAAAAGCAAUGAAGGCAGGAAACUCUGAACGUGUAAGAGCGGUCAGUGACAUAGCUUGGAUGACUAAUUCAGAAACCGUUAGACUCAAAUAUUUUGAGGAACUUGCCGAUCAAGUUCAAAGGGGUGAUAAACAAGAGGCUAUAAGUUACUUUAUUUGGCCUGAAUAUUAUAUAGAAACUUGGUUUAUAUGUACAGUUGAUAAUAAUGCAUGUGGAAACCCAAAACAAAAGUUCGAAGAGACUUUUAAUGCAGAAUUCGAGCGAGUUUUUCAGGAGAUUCGUAACUGUAAAUGUUUUGAGAAAAUCAAAGUAUACGUAAAUAAUUAUAUGACACAAGUUGAUAAAGUAGAUUAUAAGUUGGAUCUUGAGCAUACACUAUUAAAAGAUGUAAACUUAAUAUUAUUUCAACGUGCAAUCGAGGAAGAGCUUAAAAAUAAGAAGGAUGGUUAUUUUUCAAAUCCCGAACCUUUUGAAAAUCCAUCUGAUGACAAAUCAAUUAUGAAACGACUCGGAUGUACAGAGGCAUGUCAUUGGUGCGGGGCUUUGUGCUGGGGAUCUCGAGAUCAUCAUGAACAUAGCGACACAACGAAAAUGCAUCAUACUUGUCAUCAACCCCGAGGUCUUUCUGGAACAAGCAAUAAGAAUACACGUGAACUUAGUGCAAUACCAUGUCAUAAAAUGACGGAUGGUGAAUGUGUGUGUUAUGCAGGGUAUGAUGGUAAGGAAAAAAAAUUAAAAUGGGGGGAUGCAAAAACUCACGAUUUUUCGGAUUGGAAAUUUGAAGCUCACUGCAAUCAAACGUUCAAUGAUCUUAUGUGCUGGUUUUUCGAAAAGUUGAAUCAUGAUUUAGCACCUAAAUGGCAAAAUAAACCAUCAACUUAUAAAGAAUUGAAGAAUUACGGUUGUCUAAACUUGAAUUAUGAUAGUAUUAUUAACAUGAUUAGAACUAAACUUACCCUAUAA